UUACCUUGUUCUGCUUCUUUUUAAGCGAAACCUUCAGCGUUCCACAAAGCCUCUAUGACUUCCUAUCACUUCCUCUUCAGAAAACUUGCUUCUCAUACACUUUUCCCUCUUCAUCUUUGAAAGAAACUAAUACGGUGCCAAAUGGAACAGGAGGAACUAGGAGAGAAAGCAGCCAACGACCAAAGGUCAGAAGCACAUACCAGUGAUUACAAUGACAGUGAAGUCGGCGAUGAUGGUUCAGAGACAUGGUUGGACCUGACCCUCAGUGGGAGAAUCUCGUCAACAGCCGGAAGCUCUUCUGCUUCCCGGUCAAAAUCUGCUCCACACAAGAUGUUCUCAUGCAACUUCUGCAUGAGGAAGUUCUUCAGUUCCCAGGCUUUGGGUGGGCAUCAGAAUGCCCACAAGAGGGAGAGGGGUGCAGCUAGGAGGGCUCACCAAUCACAAAGGUUGAUGGUGGGUUCAUCCUUUAAUGCUCCUUUUCUUCAAUCUCUACGAGUUCAUUCUCACUCAAUUAUUCACAAGCCACAAAGAGAAGGAGGCAUAGCAAUGGUGGCAAGAUUUGGUGACAUCAGUUCCAAUGUCAAAACGACAUGGACACCCUUUGCACCUGAAGAAGCAACAGGCAUAAAGUGGCCUGGAAGCUAUCAAUUGAAUUCUCAACUGCCCAAGCAGCCAACCGAGCAACAAAAGCUCGACUUGAGUCUCCGGCUUUAAUAUGUUCACAAGCCACUUCCCUCGUGUCUCUGGCCUGAUCUAUUGUUCAGCCUAGAUUUAUUCAUCAAUCAUAAAGAACUGACAGGUUUAGGCCUUGAUCCAACAUAAAGAGUUCAUUUCUACUUCAAGGAAUAUAUGUGAUAAUUGAGAAAAUAUAAGUUGAGUGUUUUCAGUGAUUGCUUUAGCAGAAGUGUGUAUUCAACUUGCGACUCCCCAUCAUGUUUUCAAUCUCAAUGCCCAUUGUACUGGCUUUUAGAUGAUUAAUCCAUCCAUUACUAAGUCCAACUUCCAAAAAUAACUCUUCAAUUAAGAUUAUCUUCCAAUUGUCAUUAGCUGAAGGCUUACAUGAUUAUAAAUGGAUAUGGUUAGUGAGGCAAAAAUCAAAGUAUUGGACAAAUGAUAGGUUCUUCAUCAUGGCCCAAAGUAUUAUAGGCAAGAACAAUAGGUUUUCCUAAAAUUACAUUCAGUAAUGAUAGCACGGCCAGAGCCAUGCAUGGCUCAAAAAUGCCGAGAGUGAUUACAAAAAAUAUUGGAACUGCAAAAAUGGGCAGUGAGGCAAAAGAAGAAACAGAGCACAAGCAGCAACCUUUUCUACCGAUAAGCAAUAAGAUUACUCAUGAUAUAUGGACACUUGAUGCCCAUAAUUUCAACAUUUCAUGCACAGAUAAGAAAAAAAUAAUUUUCUGAAGUAGAAUAAAUGUAUUUUCCGAUUUAACCAAAAAAAUGAAAUAAAGAUGUC